AUGGUCAAGAAAGCGAAAUGGCUGGAGAACGUAAAGAAGGCUUUUAGUCCAGAUGUAAAGAAGUUGAAACAUCAAUCGGUUGAGGAGAGUGUCAUUUCUUACCCUGUAUUGGUUGCAAGAUCCAGAAGCUCUCCUCCUCAGUUUGAGGUCAGAGUUGAUGAGGUCAACUACGAACACAAGAAGAAGAAGAAUCUAUCUCCUCCUCCUUCAGAAGAACAAGAAAAUGUUCUUGGAGAUUCAACUCCUGAGUCUGUUCCUCCACCAGCUUCACCUGAUAGGUUUGCAGGGGAAGAAGCAGCUGCCAUCUUUAUCCAGUCUACAUUUAGGGGACAUUUGGCAAGACGAGAAGCGCUGAGGAUGAGGAGGUGGGCUAGGCUUAAGUUAUUGAUGGAAGGAUUGGUUGUACAAAGGAAAGCUGCAAAUACUCUUAGAUCUAUGCAGACUUUCACUCGUAUGCAGUCAAAGAUCCGGUCUAUGAGAAUCCGGAUGGCAGAAGAGAGUCAGGCUCGCCAUAAGCAUCUCCUUCAGAAGCAUGCUAAAAAGAUAGGAGGCUCCAAGAAUGGGGUCAACAAUCAGUCCAAGAAACAAGUUGAAGCAGGUUUGCUGAAUAAGAACGAGGCGGCCACAAUGAGGAAGGAAAGGGCAUUGGCUUAUGCAUCCACACAUCAGCAACACUUGAAGAGCAACUUGAAACAUACAUAUACUAUGUUCAUGGAUCCUAAUAACCUUACUUGGGGUUGGAGUUGGUUGGAAAGGUGGACGGCUGACAAGGAGAGCUCAGAGAAAGAACAAAGCAACACCGUUAAGCCAGCGGUUAAGACCUCGACUAACCGCAGCUCCCAUGGAGAAGAAACCACAAAAUCUUCAAACCGCAAAAAGCUCAACAGCUCGACUCAACCAAAUACCACAUCAACAUCAUCAUCAUCAUCAUCCACCACUAGAAACCCGAGAAAGAACAAGCCAACCACACCGUCUAUAAGACCCAAGACCACUGAUGAAAUCACCAAGAGCUUUGACAAGAACCGUAGGAACAUCAUUGCAAGGUCAUCGGUUAGUGAUGACGAAGGGCUAGUUAGCUCAACGGCUAGACGUCACAACAUGGUUCCCACAAAACCAGCCGAUGAAAUCCCCAAGAGUUCGGAGAAGAACCGUAGGCAGGGCAUUGCAAGGUCAUCGGUUAGUGACGACGAAGGGCUGGCUAGCUCAGUGGCUAGACGUCGCAACAUGGUUCCCACAAACCCAGCACGUGGCAACCUCAAAGCACAGAGCUCAUCUGCUGCGACCAAGGCAACCAAAGAGGAAAGUAAUGAUGUUUUACGGGAGAAAGCACCUGCAGCUAAGAAACGAGUUUCUCCUGCACCCAAACCAAGACGAUCCUCAGCUCCGCCCAAGGUUGAAAACAGCGUUUUAAAGGCGGUGAAAACGCCGUGUGCUUAA